ACGCAAUAUCAAUCUCCAAUCAUGCCAGGAAGAACGCUCUCCCAACGCCUCUACAUCCUCGACAUCGCCAUUUCAACAUCAAACCCCCCAUACCAAGGCCGCAUCCUAACAAGCGACCCCUCAGGCUCCUCCCUGCAAACCCUCAUCCCAAACCUCCAUGAAAUGCCCGACGGCAUCACAAUCGACGAAGAAGCGGGACACAUCUACUGGACGAACAUGGGCGCAGACUUCUCGACAAACUGCGGCUCAAUAUCCCGCGCCGAUCUCGACGGGAAGAACAUCAGAACGAUUGUGCCACGCGGAGUCACGCAUACACCGAAGCAGAUCGCUUUAGCGAAAGAAGCGCAGAAGCUGUAUUGGUGCGAUAGGGAAGGAAUGAAGAUUAUGCGGUGUGGUGUCGAUGGCGGGGAUGUUGAGAUUCUGCUGAGCACGCAAGGGGAAGAGGGGAGGCUGGAUAUGGAGAAGUGGUGUGUUGGCAUCGCAGUGGAUGAGCGGCGGGGGCAGAUUUAUUGGAGUCAGAAGGGUCCUGCGAAAGGGAGAAAGGGGAGGAUCUUUCGAGCGCCGAUUCCUGAUUCAUCGAACGGUGGUUCUGGAAAUGUUAUUCAGAGGGAGGAUAUCGAGGUUCUGUUUGAGGGACUACCGGAGCCUAUUGAUCUCGAGCUGGAGGAGGCAACGCAGACGUUGUACUGGACUGAUCGGGGGGAUCCGCCAGAGGGGAAUAGUGUGAACAGGGCGUGUGUUUCAGAGCAAGCGAAGGAGAGUGGGUACCGGAAGGAGAUUCUCGCAACGAGGUUGCACGAGGCUAUUGGGAUUGCUUUGGAUGCUGAGAAUCACAGAGUUUUUGCGGCCGAUCUUGCGGGAGGACUGUAUGAGGUGGAUACGAACAAAGGAAAAGCAUCCAAACGUGUGCUAUUUCCAGAAAUUGGAGAUGUUACUGGGAUAGCGCUGGCCAAUGUACCAUAUUGA